AUGGAUCCGACAGAUCAAACGUCCAAUCCGAACAGCCCUUUCUAUCUGCACCCAGGUGAAAAUCCUGGGCUUACUCUAAUUACGCAAAUCUUGAAUGAGAAUAACUAUGCUUCCUGGAGUAGGAGCAUGAGAAGAGCCUUGCUCUCCAAGAACAAGGUUAAAUUCAUUGAUGGAACCAUAAAAAGACCCAAGAAAACUGAUACUAUGUAUGAUGCCUGGGAAAGGUGUAACAUGAUGAUUUUGUCCUGGAUAACAAAGACUCUUUCACCACACAUUGCUGAAAGUGUAAUAUACAUUGAAGAAGCCAAAGACCUAUGGGAAGAGCUUAAAGAGAGAUUUUCUAAGGGAGAUUAUUUCAAAAUUUCCGAUUUGUUACAAGACAUCCAUUCUAUCAAGCAAGGAGAAAGGGGAGUAAGUCAGUUUUUUACAGAUUUGAAGAUCUUAUGGGAAGAACUUGAAUCUUUGAGGCCUGUACCAAGUUGUACAUGUGAGAUUACUUGCAGCUGUGAUCUAUCGAAAAUCACCUUAAAAUACAGAGAAGUUGAACAUGUGAUAUGCUUUCUGAAGGGAUUAAAUGACUCCUACAACACUCUCAAGACCCAGAUACUCCUAAUGGAUCCUCUACCUAACAUCAAUCGUGUUUUCUCUCUUGUCAUGCAACAACAGAGACAAGAAAAGCAAGGUCCUGCAGAAACCAAAGUUCUUGCAAAUACUGCUGACAAAAAUAGUCAUUGGAAAUCAGAUCAAAGUUGGAGAAACCAAGGACGGGGCACUGGAACUCGUGGUUAA